CCUUCCCCCAUUUUUUCACACCAGAUCUUUUAUAUAUCGACGACAAAAAGUCUUCGGCAGACGAAUCUACCUCCUCCUCUCUCUCUCCCCAAAAAAAUUCUCCAUCCAAUAGUUCUGUCGAUUCCUCUCCUUUCUUCGUCCCUAAGUUCCCUAAAAAGUUCAAUCCUUUCGCCAAAACCCAAACAAUUCGAUCAAACUACUUCAUUUCCUCCCUAAUCAAAUCGCCCAAUUAUGCUUAAUCGAAGCUUCAAGCCCGCCAAAUGCAAAACGUCGUUGAAGCUUGCGACGUCGCGGUUGAAGCUGAUGAAGAACAAAAAGGAAGUUCAAUUGAAGCAGAUGAAGAGGGAAUUGGCUCAAUUGCUAGAAUCUGGGCAGGAGCAGACUGCCAGAAUUAGGGUUGAACAUGUAGUCAGGGAGGAGAAGAUGAUGGCAGCAUAUGACCUCCUUGAGAUAUACUGUGAGCUUAUUGCUGCACGGUUGCCAAUUAUUGAGUCUCAAAAGAACUGCCCAAUUGACCUGAAGGAAGCAGUUACAAGUGUAGUGUUUGCAACUCCAAGAUGUGCAGACAUACCAGAAUUCCAGGACGUCCGUAAGCAUUUUACUGCAAAAUAUGGGAAAGAAUUUAUUUCUGCAGCUACCGAGCUGCGACCGCAGUGUGGUGUAAGCCGCAUGAUUGUUGAGAAGUUAUCUGCCAACGCCCCUGAUGGGCCAACAAAAAUCAAGAUCUUGACUGCAAUUGCAGAGGAACAUAAUAUCAAAUGGGAUCCUAAAUCAUUUGGAGAGACAGAAUUAAAGCCUCAUGACGACUUGUUGAACGGACCAAAUACAUUUGAGAAGGCCAGUAGGAUGCAAACAGAACCUUCUAUUAUCCAACCCCCACCUUCUUAUGUUCAGGCUUCUCCAACCCCUGAACAAAAGCACAAUGCACCUGUAAACUUCGAGCACAACGCGAUGCCAUCAACACGUUCCGGAAAUUUUGCUUCAAACGACGCUAGUGGUGCUCAAGCAGCUAUGCCAACUCGUCAUCACCCUGGAGUGAGGCCUUCAGGAACCAGAUCUGAGAGGCACUCGUAUUCCCGAGAUGAGAAUUCUUUCCCAUCGGAUAGGAAGCACUGGAAUAUGGAAUUUAAGGAUGCAACAGCUGCAGCACAGGCAGCUGCGGAGUCAGCAGAACGAGCAAGCAUGGCAGCUAGAGCUGCAGCAGAACUUUCAAGCCGUGGGCAGUAUUCCACAGAAUCACACAAGUCAAAUGUUCCCAGUUCAAGAGAUGAAGGGCCCUCAAAGAAUGACCAUGAUAACCCAGAGGAAGACAUUGACAAAUUGAUGAAGGAUUUCUUGAAGGGAGCUAGAUAUACACGAAAGAGCUCAUUUGAAGAGGAGUCCGUGAAAGCCGAGGGGAGUGCAGGAGUAUCGGGAAAUAAUGUGAUAAAAGAGUCUAGUGGAUCUGACGUAAAAUUUGUGAGCAGCGGACAUGGUGGCAUGCAAACUGAUAGCUUCAAUUAUUUUGCUGAAGAAAGUAUCAGAAAGCAAAAUAGCAGUGUGUCCUCUCAUUCGCAUACAAAGGGAGAUUUAUAUUCUCAAAACAGCUCAGAGGAGGCCGUAAAAGCUGAGACAAGUACUGGAUUUUCUGGAAUGAAUAUGAACAGACAGUCUAUUGGGUCUGGAGCUGAAUUUCUGAGCAGUGGGCAAGGUGGCUUGGAGUCCGAUACCUACAAUUAUUUUGCUGAAGGAAGUAUCCGAGAAAAAACUAGCAGUGUUUCCUCUCAUUCGCAUUCAAGCAGUCGUGGAGAUGAUUAUGAUGUUUCACCUUUUACUCAACCGAAGUAUGAAAUUGAUGGCGGCGAGGACCCUUUUGACCACGAAAACGAACAUAGAUACACUGAACAAACAAGCUCUUAUUCCAGUACUGCUGUUGUUUUUGAUGAACCUGUUUCAGAUGAUGAUCAUGACAAUAUCUUUGAUACACCAAACUAUGCUGUGCCGGCAUUCGAUCUACAUCCCACCUCUCCAGUUAGAGAAUCACCCAGACAUCUACCAUUAAAUAGUGACACUUGGAGCCCAAGGCAUAAUAUGAGUGGAGCAUUUGAAAAGUUUCCGUCAGUGUCACGCGUUUUCGAAAAGGCGCACUCACCUCCCAAGUUUGAUGAAAGCUCGAUAAAAUCUGCAAAACCAGAUGAGUUUUCACCUUUGACUUUUGAUGAGUCUGAAGGCCCUAGUUCAGAAAGCGAGGGCGAAGUGGACAAUUCUAGGCUUGAUCGGAAAACAGAACCUAGUAGUCUUUCUCAGAAAGAGAAUAUAUUCUUGAGAACCCCAGAUCAUAGUCAGCGUGAGAGUCAUGGGUUAACAGGAUCAUUCUUCUCUGAAAAUGGCGAUUCAUUAUCUAACAUAAAGGAAGACGAUGAAUUGCUUCGGCAGUCAAGUUUGGAAAGUGAGAACAAGUUGAAGUUUGGGACGUUGACCGGUGGCCUUCGGCAGAAGGGUUAUAUGCCUCCGCCUUACAAUAAGAGUCCAUCAGGUGAUGCAUCAUCAUUUAAAAGAGCAGCCGAGGAUAGUGUAACUUCCAUUGAGAAUUCUCCUGCUUAUCCUUCAGUCAAGAGCACAAAGGUGGCAACCAAGUCAAGCUCGAGCACUCCCAUUGCAGAUUCUGAUUCGGACAGUGAUGAAUCCGAGGAAGAACUCCCACGACGAAAUUUGAGCAGCAAAAGAGAACCAUACAAUCCAAAAUCUAGUGAAGAAGUGGAUAGCAAAUUGAGGUUAAGAGCUCCAGUCACAUUUUUCAACUCUGAAGACAACGAUUCUGAGGAUGAUAUCCCCAAACAAACUGUCAACAGCGCAGGACGUGUGGGAAGUGGGUUUUCCCGAAGGACAAGAGCUACUCCUAGUGCUGUUAGAAGUUCUCAUUCGGAGGCGACAGUUGGCUCUGAGGCAUCAGAGCCAAAUUCUGAAGGUAAUGCCAGAAAGAUACCCUCAAGGAGUUCCUAUUAUUCUGAAACUCCACCUAAUCUCCGGUCGCAAACAGGGAAUUCAGUUAACCGGGAAAGUCCUCCUGAGCCAAGAGCAGAAAAACAGUCAACUUCCAGGCCAAAGACAGAAUCUAGUAACUCAAGGAGUUCCUAUCCGUCUGAAACUCUGGCUAAUCCCAGUUCCAAAACAGAAUACUCGGGUAAUUUGGCAAGUAGUCCAGCUGAGCCAAGAGCAGCAAGACAAUCCAUUUCUAAGCUAAUGCCAGAAUCUAAUAUCUCCACGCGGAAGGAAAAUCUGAAGUCAUCAGCAUUUGAACCACCAUCCAAUCGUCAGGGAUAUGUGCAGUCUUCGGCAAGCCAAGCAACUUCUAAGCCAAGGCCGGAAUCUAGUUUCUCCGCGCGUGAGGAAAAUCCCAAGUCAUCAGCAUUGGAACAACGGUCCAGUCCUCUCAGGACUGUAAAGUCAGCUGGCACUGAAAGUCCAAGGUCCUCAACUUCGAGUGGGGAGCUUCCAUCUAGAGAGAGCUCUCUGAAAAAAGCUAGUCAUGUUCAUCCAAAGCUUCCUGAUUAUGACACUAUAGCUGCCCAGUUUCAGUCUCUUCGAUCAAAUCGCUAAUGAACAGGGUAGAGUUUGACUUCUUUGAGGUUUGGUGUUUCUUGAAUCGUUGAUUCUUCUUCGUGGAAUUCCAGAAUGGUAUAGUGUUUUGACUUGAGUAUGUUUAGUACAGAGUUGUAGCGUUACAUGUCUGUUCAGCUUGUGGCAAGAUACAGUUUCCCAGUUUUGUUUUCUUUAGCUUACCACAUUCAUAUUUCAUUUGUUUGAUAUAGUACUGGAAUACAAAAAUAUAUAGUAUUGUGAUACCGGAGAUUAAAUUUGUAUAAUAAGCUCGUGUUUGGUAGUUUUAAUAUAAUAAACUUCGCUCUAUUCACCA